AUGCUGGAGGCCGGGAGCCCGCGGCCGCGGUGGAAGCGCCCAGGAGUGCGCGCUCCCGGCCCGGACGCGCAGGCGCAGACAGCGUCUCCGGCAGCCGGCGGGGCGGGGGCGGGGCCGGGCGCGCGCGGUCGCCUAGGCGACAGCAUCGCCGCUGCCCCGCGGAGACAGCAUGAGGUCCAGCCCUGCGGCGGCGGCGGCGGCGGCAGGAACUGGGGGCCAGAGCCGCCCCCCCGACAGCUCCCCCACCCCGGCUGCGCACUCUCAGCAGGCCUCAAAGCACGACUGGAAGUAAUUUCAUUGAAUUUGGCUGGUAAUAAUCGCUUAAUACCAGUAGAAAGAUUAACAGGUGAAGAUUUUUGGAUUCUUUGUAAAACUAUAAAGAAGAUCCGAAAUAUUGAAAGUUUGGAUGUAAGAUAUAAUACCAUUGGGGAUACUGGUGCGUUCUAUGCUGCAGAAUUGUUUCAGAAACACCCAAAUCUCAGAUAUGUAAACCUCAUGUUUAAUGAUAUUGGGCCUGAAGGUGGAGAAUUGAUUGCUAAUGCAUUAUUUAUGAAUGAAACUCUCAAAAACCUAAGAAUGACUGGAAACAAGAUUGAAAAUAAAGGGGGGAUGUUUUUUGCUUCAAUGCUACAAAUGAAUUCAUCUUUAGAAAUGUUAGAUCUGGGUGACUGUGACCUGGGAAUGCAAAGUCUGAUAGCAUUUGCUACCGUCCUAACUCAGAACAAGACACUUAAAGGAAUUAAUUUAAAUCGACCUAUACUAUAUGGUCAGCAGGAAGAGUCCACAGUUCAUUUAAGUUACAUGUUGAAAGAAAAUCACUGUCUCAUUGAGCUACACAUGUGCAAGCAUGAUAUUAAAAACUGGGGUUUCAAACAUUUGUGUGAGGCACUGUAUCUGAACAGUAGCCUACGCUACCUUGAUGUCAGCUGCAAUAACAUAACUCGUGAUGGAAUGAAGUUUUUGGCUGAUGUGUUGAAAAAUAAUACCACAUUGGAAGUAAUAGAUCUUUCUUUUAACAGAAUAGAAAAUGCAGGAGCAAAUUAUCUUAGUGAAACUCUUGCUUCACACAACAGAAGUCUUAAAGCAUUGUCAGUAGUAAGCAACAAUAUAGAAGGAGAAGGACUUGUUGCACUUUCACAAUCAAUGAAAACAAAUCCCAUAUUCUCAUAUAUUUACAUUUGGGGAAACAAAUUUGAUGAGGCUACAUGUAUCGCAUAUGCAGAUUUAAUUCAAACGGGUCAUCUCCAGCCAGACAACACAGAUGUGGAGCCAUACACAGUGGAUGGACGUGUGUAUCUUGCAGAAGUCUCCAAUGGCCUGAAAAAGCACUAUUACUGGACACCAACUUAUACAGCUGCUUACAGUCACUCGGCAAAUAUAGGAACUACUCUUGUAAGCCAAGAUCAAUGAAAAAUGAGUCUUAGAUUAAUUU